GUCUGGCUGUUUAUUUGGUAGUAAUGCAUUGUAGGCGCAAGAAUAAAUUAGAUAGCAAUGAAGUAUCUUAAAAGAGAAUUUUAAAGAGCAUGUAUGCUUUCGUUAAGCAGUGUAUAUAUCUUUCUGUUCGCCAAGUGUCAUCAAUUUGAAUGGUUAUUGUUUACUUUAAAUUUUUAAUGCGGGUUUGUUCUCCCCUUUUUUUAUCUUUUACCUCUUCAGUUUCCGCAUAAAUAGGCUUUUGCCCAUCUUCUUUCAUCAUCAGAAGUUUUGUGUCUUAAAAUGUUUGGGGAAUUGCGUCGAAUGAACAUGCGACAGGUCGCAUCGCAAGUGCUGAAUAUUUUAACCAUCGCAGCUUCAGCACUUAUGAUAUGGAAAGGACUAUCGAUUAUUACGAAUACAGAAAGCCCGGUUGUUGUUGUUCUGAGUGGAAGCAUGGAGCCAGCCUUCCACCGUGGUGAUUUAUUAUUCUUAACUCUUCCUAAAGAUGCACCCAUUCAAAUCAAUGAUAUUACUGUAUUCAAACUGCCAGAAAGAAGCAUUCCUAUUGUCCAUAGAGUGAUAAAAAUACAUGAAGAUGCUAAUACCGGAAAAGAAUAUAUACUUACAAAGGGCGAUCAUAAUAGCAGAGAUGAUCGUGUCUUAUACAAUAGAGGACAAAUGUGGAUUCACAGGGAGCAUAUCGUUGGCAAAGUCAGAGGUUUCUUACCCUAUCUUGGUAUGGUAACUAUUGUUAUGAAUGAUUACCCUUGGGUGAAAUUUGCAUUAUUAGGCGUAUUGGGCCUUUUUGUAUUGAUUCACAGGGAAUAAUCCAUACAUUGAAGAGAUAAGCAUUGUAUUAAACUUCUAAACUCUUUAUCGUUUUGCAUACUUGUCUAAAUUUUACAUAAAACCAUAAAACAUUGCGAUAGCUGUAUUUAAGUUCGAAGUUACGAAUCUCAGGACCUGGUUUUGGUUGUUGUUUUUUUUUUUUUCUUUCUGUUUUUGUUUUUUCUUAUCAAG